GUUGUCUAUCAAGUACGAAACAGUGAUCAUCGUAUUCUCUUGCAGCUAGAUCGUAACGAAAUGGAGAGUGAAGAUGUGGAUGACCCUCAGCCGGGUAGUUCCAUCAGCAAAAAUGCAGAUUCAAUUGAACAAAAGAUAAUGAAGCUAGCGCAGGCACAUCCUGCAGGUGUGAGUGAUGUAGACAUUUCUCAAGAGCUUCCAACGCUGAAGCCCGCAGAAAAAGCCUCAGCCCUGAAUAAGCUCCUCCAGAAGGGUCAGAUAGUAAUCUUGAAGAAGGGAACGACCCUGUUGUACCAAUUAAAAGUCUCCACCACUAAAGGGGCCGACAAUGAAGAGCGGAUCGUCUAUUCCAUCAUUGAAGCUGCUGGCAACAAGGGAAUCUGGAGCAGGGAUGUAAGGUGGAAGGCGAAUCUUCCCGUCACCCAGACAGGAAAAAUAAUUAAGAGUCUCGAAAGCAAAAAACUGAUAAAAGCUGUAAAAUCAGUGGCCGCGGGCAGGAAGGUUGUUUACAUGCUUUACAAUGAGGUACCUGACAGAUCCGUCACUGGUGGCGCUUGGUAUCAGGAUCAGGACUUCGAAGCAGAAUUCGUGGAUGUACUGAAUCAACAGUGCUACAGGUUCCUUGAACUCAAGAGGGAAGAGAUGAAGGGCUCCAGGGGAGGCCCCAUCGCAGCCAGGAAUGUCACUUUCGCGUCUUCCAAGGAAGUUUGGAAAUUCAUCUCUGAUUUGGGGAUCAGUAAAGUUAAACUGUCGGUUGAAGACUUGGAGAUGAUACUUGACACUCUAGUUUAUGAUGGGAAGGUUGAGAGGAUUAUCGCGGGGGACGGCAACACUCUUUAUCGAGCUAUCACACCUAUUGUCAAAGCACCGGGGCUUAUUAUCACACCUUGUGGACUUUGUCCAGUGCGGAAAAAUUGCUGUGACCUCGGGGACGUCACCCCAAUGAAAUGCCAGUAUCUAACUGAGUGGCUAGAGACUUCCUGAAAGAACAAAGGGAGAGCAUUGUCAAUUGAAUGGCAUUACUCAAAUUUUCAAUAAGUUUCCUCAUGAAUGACUCUCUGAAAACUCAUUAUCAGUAAUUACAUACUGGUAUCUUCAAGAAUCUGUACGAUAAAUUAACAAAUUGCAAUAUCGCGAUGACCCAUGGUCUGUCAUCAUCUUCAUAAAACGGAAAAGCGAUUGAACUAAUUUAACACCUCCUGUUCACUUCUUUCGAAAUAUAUAUCGAGUGAACAAGUCGGUUGCUGGACCGGAAUUAGUAUCUUAAGAAUUUCAAAAGGAGUUAUUGCCAAUAUGUUAUCAUUUUUGAAUCAGGUGGACAUGAAAAAAUAUAGCGUUUUGCCGUUGUUCAAUGACUCACAAGUUUUCAUAGUCGUACGCCCACUUGUCUAAAUUUUUGGUAGGGUUUUGUAAAUUUUUGAAAAAGUUCAUUGAGUUAGAAGAAAAAUGCUCCCACGGCGAUGAAACUUCGUGAGAUACUGAAUAAUAAUAAAACCUAAAAACAGUAUAUAGCUCCAAUUUGUUGAAAUUCCAUCAACCAUUAGUGAAAAAUCUUUUUAAAAAACUCCCAAAAUGAGGAGAUAUCGACAAUAGCUCUUUAAAUAACUAAGAAUAUUGUACAUCCUGGAUUUAUUUAUUUAAUUUUUUCACAUGUAAGGAAUGGUUUUGUUAUUCUUAGAUAACAAAUACGAACUAAACACCAAAAAAUCAAAUUAUUUCAUUACGUUUAUUACAGGUUUGUCAUAGUACUAGCGAAAUAAAUAAUUAACACUACAAUUGUUUAACAAUAGUUUGUGUCUUUAAAAGUAAAAGAAUUUUCCUACGAAAGGAUUUUUCACUUAAUUAAUUCUUAUCACUUUGUUUUUAUAUUUGUGGGUACACGAUACGCGUCUACAAAAUGACAUUCGACAGAUUUUUGACAACACCAGAAGCUGAAGAACCUAUUCUCCACUCCACGUGCUUCAAAAGCCUGUCAAACAUGUAAAUAAAAAGUACAAAGAGAAUUAGAAAACUAUAAAUAUAAAUAAAUAAAUACUUGAAAUAGACAGAACAAUAGUUCGGUAAUUACCUCGGAUUUAACUGACUGAAUUAUCACAUUUGACUUACAAUUCGUUAUACUCAUUGUAAAUCUAAUUGUCUGGACGAUAAAUUAAUCCGGGUAAUUAUCUUAGCUUAUAUUUAGUCAUUAGAGAGUGGAAAAUAAAAGGGCAAUCUCUAUAAAUACUUUUAUCUCCUUUUCUAGUUUUUCAAAAUAAAAUUUGACUUGAGGGUAGCCUAUUGGUAUUAAAGGUCGUGGACCAUUUAGUUGAAAUUUCUCAUUCAUCAGAAAUCAAUUACUUACGAUCAAGAUCGAAUAAUUCAUGCCACGAAUUGAUUGUUAAAGUGUUAAAAAAUAUUCUACGGUCUCCAGUUUAAGCGACAGAGGUUGUUUUUAGAAUAACAUGAAUUAUUUCUUGCCAAUUCAACUUCUACCGAAAUCAUUUUAUUUGAUAUGACAUUAAAAUUUGCACUAUUUAUAUAAAAUAGGUAGAAAAAUUUUUUUAAGAAUGGUAAAAAAUAUCCUAUGGGCUGCUUCAGAAAUAUUUUUCAGCAAUUUUAUUGGAAUCAUGUUUUUCUCAUGAAAAAAUGGAACAAAUUAGAUGCCUCGGAAUCGACACUCAAGGCACUAAUUCGCUAUUGCAAACGUAAAAGAAAUUCCAAAAGAAAGUUGAUGGUUUUUCGUUACAUGUUUAUUUUAUGCCUCAUUAACAAAUUGAAGCCAAAAGCCGGAAAAUUCUAAACUGAAAAUAGCAAAAAAGAAAUUAAUUUUAUCGAUACUUUGGAUUGAAUAUUUCUAUUGGGGAUUUUAAUAAACAAAAGGAACAUAGAAAGGAGAAAAAUGUUUUAUAGAAUUGAAGAAAAACAGAAAGAAUUCUUACCGAAAAUUGCAUUCAAUUUCUCAAGUUUUAAAUAGUAUUUUUCUACGAAAUGGUUUCACGCGUUUCAAUAGAAUUUCAUAUAAACGUAACAGUUCACCACUUUCCUAUAGAAUGAAUCAAUAAACUUACACACACGCACGCAUACUCACCUAUAUCAAAUGUCAAUAAAUAAUGAUUUGAGUACGAAAGCGUUAUUAAAUACUUGACGUGCCAUUGUCUCAUACAAAAGGGAAACGACAUAAGAAAAAAACACUAAA